AUGGUUCUCACGUCAAGGAGUGGUCACGCAGCGACACGCGCCGCGGUGUUCGGUCCACCACCAGCGCGGAGGCUCGUAGCGACGCGAGCCCGGAUAAUUGGGCCAAGACGAGGUCAUAUAUCAACACGAGCACGAGUCGCUAAAAGAUACCAGGUUCGACCCAGCAGCCACAGAUGGUCCGAAGAAGACAUCGAUGUGAUGGACGACGAUCUUCAGAGUCGGGAUCAGUUGGCUAGAAGCCACAACGCCACAUUUGAUGAUUCAGAUUGCGAGACGACCAGCCCUAUAAGUAGGGCCUCGUUGUUGAGCCUGCCGGAGGAGUUGAUCGAAAGAAUAUGUCAAGUCCUCGACUGGAGCGAGGAAGACACUGUUAUACGGGCAAGUGCCGCACUCCUCAACCUUUCUCUUACAUCUAAAACCUUACAUCGAAUUUCACAAGCUCAUCUAUAUCGUCAAGUCGACUUAGGAGGUCAUCAGAUUGUACGGUUCACAAAGUCCAUUACCGAAAAUCCCUCAUUAGCAACGUCGGUCCAUGUGGUGACACUUCGUGUCUGUUCAUACGACGACUACGAGAAAGAGGACGUCUCCUACUACUCGGAACAUGUUCGAGCCGAAGGAACCCACGACAUGCAGGAGCUAGAAUCUCUGAUCCCUGAAUUUCCUGCCAAGGAACUCUUCUGGGUUGUGGCACUCGAAGUCCUUCUGCUCAAGCUCAAGCACGUCCACAGCUUGUUCAUAUCAUGGGAAGAUUGUCCAGAAAUUGAAUUGUUUGGUAGAAGACUCAAAGACAUUAAAGAACCACUACUGCCUGCCUUGAGGAAUCUUGUGUAUAAAGACAACUGGGGUAAUCUAGCCACAUUGAACACAAUAUUCCACAGAUGUAAGCUUAGAACGCUUACGGCCGUCGGUCUUCAUGCAACGCAACUCGAGGACCUGUCUAUGCCAGCUCUAUGUCCGUUUUUGCAGAAGGUAACGCUGGUUAAUUCGCCAUGGAUGUGGGGACGUGAUAUUAGUCCUAUCAUCGAACGAUGUCCAAAUUUGAAGGAGUUUCAUUACUUUACACACGAUCUAGAAGACCUAGACGACGAAGAUGGGAGCCCAGAAGACUUCAUCACUCCCACCGAUAUUAUCAACGGGCUCGAAUCGGUCAAGAAUACACUCGAAAGUUUAUCAAUCACAACUGAGUCUCUAGGAGACGACGAUGGAUUCCCCAGCCUUCGCGGAUUCACCGCCUUAGAACACCUCAGACUGGACGCCUUCGACCUAGCAGAAUACGAGAGUGACGACGAAGAAGAAACCGAUUCAGACGAAUCCGUCGACGAGAUCAUCAGCAACAUUGUGCACGCCCAAUUCCCGCCCGACCCAGCCACACACCCAGAUGCAGCUACAAGCUCAACCAGCGACACUGACACCGACAGCACAGACCUCGACGACGAUGAAGAAACAGAAACAUCCUCCUCUUCCUCCUCCGGCUCAUCAUCCAGCUCAGACACCUGCAAACCCUUCCUCCACCUCCUCCCUUCAACCCUCAAAACCCUAUGGAUCGACAACCUCUGCGACCUGGAAGGCGACCUCGACGAUGAACUCAUCAAACUCGCCCAUACCGCCAAGGAAGACUUCCCAGCUUUCGAGAAGUUGACCGUAGAAGCAGACGGUACAAACGCUGUCAAAGAUGUUCAGGCUGCGUACAAGAAGGCUGGUAUUGAGUUUGUGCUCAUGCCGUAUGGUCAUGGCUGGUAUGUUGAGGAGGAUUUAGGGCAGUUCACCUAG